CUUCAUGUGGCUGUCACAAAACAGAGCUGCAUUUAGUAUAAAAACUUGUCUAAAUCCACUGCAACUUGAAUUUAUUCAUAAAACUAGUAUAAUUUCUAUUCAUAAAAUAUUUGUAUUGUGAGCAGCAAAAUGGCAAGUGCUGUCAUGACAUCUCUGCCUCAGUUCAAUGGUCUCAGAGCCAAUUCUUCACCAGUUUCUCCUGUCAAAAGCUUGGUAGCAGUUCAGCCAAUGAAACACAAAGGGAAUGGAGCUCUGGGAGCUCGCUGUGAUUUUAUUGGAUCGUCCACAAACUUGAUAAUGGUGACUUCUACAAGCUUGAUGCUUUUCGCGGGAAGAUUUGGAUUAGCACCAUCAGCAAAUAGGAUGGCGACUGCAGGUUUGAAGCUCGAAGCUAGGGACUCUGGACUACAAACAGGGGACCCUGCUGGUUUCACUCUUGCGGAUACCUUGGCCUGUGGAACUGUCGGUCACAUCAUUGGAGUUGGAGUUGUUCUCGGGCUUAAGAACAUUGGUGCUAUUUGAACAUUUGUUCUGAUUUAAGCUGUUAAUAACAAAUUCUUGUUUCAACCUUUCA